UGCUGCUUUACACGAACGAACCAGCUUGCGAUUUACGUAAAUACGUGAAAAGGCAAGAAAUAUGGCACCGGACAAGAAAGUCAUCAAGAGAAAGGCUGCGGCCGCCGGCGCCAGCGACUCUCCCGCGAAAAAGACCAAGAAGGUCGAGCCUCAACCCAGCGAAGCACCCAAAGCUGCCCCCAAGUCCGCUCUGAAGAACAAGAAGAAUGCUCCCGCGGCCAAGGACACCAAGUCUGAUGCUGCACCUAAGACCAAUGGCGAGAAGGAGCAGUCGAAGAGACAGAUCAAGCCUCGCAAGCGCGCUGCCGAUUUCCUGAGUAGUGACGAGGAGGAUGAGCCUGAGGUGAAGGAGGCUGAGCCAGAGAAGAAGAAAUCUACCAACAAGAAGACUAAGAAGGAGGAAGCUCCUAAGGCUGAGAAGGCUAGUACAAAAUCUAAGGCUAAGAAACAGCCCACUCCUGAAGAAUCUGAGGAGGAAGCCAAUGCUUCUGCUCCUGAGGGUAGCGAUGAUGAGGGCGAGGAUGACCAGACGACUGCUCUUAUCCGUGGUUUCGAGAGUAGCGGCGACGAAGACGCAUCUGAUGAUGAAGGAUUCGAUCCCAAACAGCCCGUCCCUAACAUCCCCGACUCAAAGAAGGCGAAGCGCAAGAUCUUGAAGAAACAGAAAAAGGCUGCCGAGGAGGGUGAAAACCAGACACCCGGUACCGUCUACAUUGGACGUAUCCCCCACGGUUUCUACGAGUACCAGAUGCGCGCCUACUUCUCGCAAUUCGGCGAAAUCACUCGUCUGCGUCUCUCCCGCAAUCGUAUCACCGGUCGCUCUAAGCACUACGCUUUCGUUGAAUUCGCCUCGUCCGCUGUCGCCAGAAUCGCCGCAGAGACCAUGGAUAACUACCUGAUGUUCGGCCACAUCCUGAAGUGCAAAUACAUCCCCUCCGAACAGCUGCACCCCGACAUCUGGAAGGGCGCCAACCGCCGCUUCAAGAGGACCCCGUGGAACAAGAUCGAGAAAAAGCGUUUGGAAAAAGGCAAGACUCGCGAACAAUGGACGGACCGUAUCGAGAAGGAGCAGAAGAAACGUCUCGCCAAGGCUGAGAAGCUCAAGGCUGUCGGCUACGAGGUCGAGCUCCCUGAGCUGAUGGAUGUGGAUGAGGUUCCGGUUCAGGAGGAGCCUAAGGCUAUUGAGGAUUCGAAGCCUGCUGAGGAGCCCGUGAAAGCCAUUGAGGAACCUGUGAAGACCAUUGAGGAACCCAAGGAGACCGAGACCAAGAAGGAGAACGAUAACCAGAAGAAGACCAAGAAGGAGAAGAAGGAAAAGAAGGUGACCCAGCCUGCUGCUGAGAAGGAGGCUUCCAAGACGGCCGAGGAAGUGAAGGAGCCGAAGAAGGCUGAACCUGCUGCCGCUAAGACUGGAGCGAAGGCGAAGAAGGCCGACAAGAAGAAGACCAAGGCCAAGGCGUAAAAUUCUGCUAUGUGGUUUGUAAUUAUGGCAUAGGGUAUCAAAAGGAGCAAUUAUAUUCAUUUAAUGCUUAGACUGGU